ACUGUGGGAGCGGCUUCCUUGGAUUCGCGCCUGGCAACGGCUGGGCGUCCAGCUCUGGCCUGCGGAGGCUCAGGCGUCGUGUCUUCCCCCUGCCCACUCGUGGUCAGCCCGCUCCCCUCGGCGCGAGGUACAAAUGAUGGAAAAUGUGCACCUGGCACCAGAAACAGAUGAGGACGAUCUUUAUUCUGGUUUUAAUGACUACAAUCCAGCCUAUGAUACUGAGGAGUUGGAGAAUGACACAGGUUUUCAGCAAGCGGUGAGAACCAGUCAUGGCAGAAGACCUCCAGUAACUGCUAAAAUACCAAGCACAGCAGUCAGCAGACCCAUAGCCACUGGAUAUGGGUCUAAAACAUCCCUGACAUCAUCAAUGGGAAGGCCAAUGACAGGGACUAUUCAGGAUGGAGUUGCUCGACCCAUGACAGCAGUGAGAGCAGCUGGCUUUUCCAAGGCAGCUUUGAGAGGCUCUGCGUUUGACCCCCUUGGCCAGUCCAGGGGCCCUGCUCCUCCUUUGGAAGCCAAAAACGAAGAUAGUCCAGAAGAGAAGAUUAGACAGUUGGAGAAGAAAGUAAACGAGCUGGUAGAAGAAAGCUGUAUUGCCAACAGUUGUGGAGACUUAAAACUGGCCUUAGAAAAGGCAAAAGAUGCAGGAAGAAAAGAGAGAGUCCUAGUGAGGCAACGAGAGCAAGUUACAACUCCAGAGAAUAUCAACUUGGAUUUAACGUACUCCGUUCUCUUCAACUUGGCCAGUCAGUAUUCAGCUAAUGAAAUGUAUGCAGAAGCACUAAACACUUACCAAGUUAUAGUGAAAAACAAGAUGUUUAGCAAUGCAGGUAGACUAAAAGUGAAUAUGGGAAAUAUUUAUUUAAAACAGAGGAAUUAUUCCAAAGCCAUUAAGUUCUACCGUAUGGCCUUAGAUCAGAUCCCAAGUGUCCAUAAAGAAAUGAGAAUUAAAAUAAUGCAGAAUAUUGGAAUUACAUUUAUAAAAACUGGUCAAUAUUCAGAUGCCAUUAAUUCAUUUGAGCACAUCAUGAGUAUGGCCCCUAACCUGAAGGCAGGCUUCAACCUAAUUCUCAGUUGUUUUGCCAUUGGAGAUCGAGAGAAAAUGAAGAAGGCAUUCCAAAAAUUAAUUGCUGUUCCAUUAGAAAUUGAUGAAGAUGAUAAAUAUAUCUCCCCAAGUGAUGAUCCCCAUACUAACUUACUGAUUGAAGCUAUAAAAAAUGACCACCUCAGGCAAAUGGAACGUGAAAGGAAAGCCAUGGCAGAAAAAUACAUCAUGACAGCUGCAAAACUUAUUGCUCCUGUAAUUGAAUCAUCUUUUGCUGUGGGUUAUAACUGGUGUGUGGAAGCAGUGAAAGCUUCUCAGUACGUAGAGCUGGCCAACGAUCUGGAGAUUAACAAAGCAAUUACAUACCUGAGACAAAAGGACUUUAACCAAGCUGUAGACACCUUGAAAAUGUUUGAAAAGAAGGACAGCAGAGUAAAAAGUGCAGCUGCAACCAAUCUCUCGUUCCUGUAUUAUCUGGAAAACGAAUUUGCCCAAGCCAGCAGCUAUGCAGACUUAGCUGUGAACUCAGAUAGAUACAACCCAUCAGCUCUCACUAAUAAAGGGAACACGGUUUUUGCAAAUGGUGAUUAUGAGAAGGCAGCUGAAUUCUAUAAAGAGGCCCUAAGAAACGAUUCUUCUUGUACUGAAGCACUAUAUAACAUUGGCCUCACCUAUAAGAAGCUAAACCGCCUGGACGAAGCCUUGGACUCCUUCCUGAAACUGCAUGCAAUCCUUCGGAACAGUGCUCAAGUUCUUUGCCAGAUAGCAAAUGUAUACGAGUUAAUGGAAGAUCCCAAUCAAGCUAUUGAAUGGUUGAUGCAGUUGAUCAGUGUUGUUCCGACUGAUUCCCAAGCUCUGUCUAAACUAGGAGAGUUGUACGAUAGUGAGGGAGACAAGUCCCAGGCAUUCCAGUAUUACUAUGAGUCAUACAGGUAUUUCCCUUCUAAUAUUGAGGUCAUUGAGUGGCUGGGAGCUUAUUACAUUGAUACCCAAUUCUGUGAAAAAGCUAUUCAGUACUUUGAAAGAGCAUCUCUUAUUCAACCCACACAAGUGAAAUGGCAGCUGAUGGUAGCUAGCUGUUUUAGAAGAAGCGGUAAUUACCAAAAGGCAUUAGAUACUUACAAAGAGAUUCACAGGAAAUUUCCAGAGAAUGUUGAAUGUUUGCGUUUCUUGGUUCGUCUCUGCACAGAUAUUGGAUUAAAAGAAGUUCAAGAAUAUGCCACAAAACUCAAGAGAUUGGAAAAAAUGAAAGAAAUGAGGGAACAGCGCAUAAAAUCGGGCAGAGACAGUGGCGGAGGCUCUCGAAGCAAACGAGAGGGGAGCGCUGGCAGUGAUGCCUCCUAUGUGGAUCCACUGGGCCCUCAAAUAGAAAGACCAAAAACUGCAGCCAAAAAGAGGGUCGAUGAGGAUGACUUUGCUGACGAAGAGUUAGGAGAUGAUUUGCUUCCAGAAUAAUACAAACUCUAAUCCUGUGUGUGUGUGUGUGUGUGUGUGUGUGUGUGUGUGUGUGUGUAUGGGUGUGGAAGCCAGAAGACAGCCUUGGGUAUUGUUCCCCCAGGCACUGUCCAUCCAUCAUCUUUAUUGUGACUGGGUCCCUCUCUGGCCUGGAACAUGCCGUGUAAGUGAUGGAUGGCCAGCAACCCCCAGGAUCUGCCUCCCUGCACUUCCACUUCCCGGGCCCUGAGAUUGUAAGCACAUGCCACCACUCCCAGCUUUUUUUAAAAGGGCUCUGGGGUUUGAACUCAGGAGCUCCAGCUUGUAAGGCAAGCACUUUCCCAACUGUACUCUCCCUGGCCCAGUAAGUCAUUUACCAAAGAAAAGAAAUCGUCUUAUAAGAUAAUGCUCAUGUUAAACCUGGGAUCAGAUGCCCAAAUUUUAAUUUUGUACACUGUUGAAACUUUAAAUACUGUAUUCUGUUCUCUGAGCGUGGAUUUGUGCUGUCGUUUUUAUGAAAUAAAAGCCAUGAAGCUACUACCUUAGGCCAAU